AUGGAAGUAGCUCCCCUGAGCUUUAAGCUGCUGGAUUGCUACAAUCAUGGUGCUGGGGGCAAUGGGGCUCUCCUUAGACCGGAGGGGGAACUGCUGCCCUCCUACUGGCCCUUCAACUCCACUUCCAGCUCUUUCUGGUCUCCCAUCCAAGGCCUAACCAGGUUCAUCCCGGCCGAGCAUCAGAGGCAAGUCAAGCCAGCAGUGGGGAUGCAGGGUGGCAUAUCAGCUACAGAUUUGAUUGUAGUGGUGGCCUCCAUCAUCGUACUGGUAGUAGGCUCCAAUGGACAGGUGUUUGCCACGUCUGCUGUCAGAGGGAUUCGCUUCCUGCAGAUCCUGCGUAUGCUUCAUGUGGACCGGCAGGGAGGGACGUGGCGUCUGCUGGGCUCUGUGGUCUUCAUCCACAGACAGGAGCUCAUCACCACGCUGUACAUUGGUUUCCUGGGGCUCAUCUUCUCCUCCUACUUUGUGUACCUGGCAGAGAAGGAUGCUGUGGACAGCAAUGGAGCCAAUGAGUUCGGGAGCUACGCUGACGCCUUGUGGUGGGGGGUGGUGACCGUCACAACUAUAGGCUACGGAGACAAGGUGCCUCAGACAUGGAUCGGUAAAACCAUUGCAUCGUGUUUCUCAGUCUUUGCCAUCUCCUUCUUCGCCCUACCAGCUGGGAUCCUGGGUUCAGGCUUUGCACUGAAGGUUCAACAGAAACAGAGGCAGAAGCACUUCAACAGACAGAUCCCUGCAGCUGCCAUUCUCAUCCAGACUUCGUGGAGGGUCUUUGCUGUGGAGAACCCUGACUCGGCCACCUUCAAGAUGUUUGUGAGGAGGAGACCUGCUCUGCCCAGCUCCUCUGUAUCCAGUCCCAAGCCCAAGAAAACGGUGAAGCUGAGGAGGAAGUUGAAGAGCAGUGAGAAGGACGAUGGGCCUGGUUCUCCCACUGUUCCCAGUAUCUCCUACGACUCAGUGUUCAAUAGUGGGAGGGAGCUCAGCUCUGAUGUCUACAGCACUGUGUGUACAGAUACCCAGCAGUCCUGGACCUCUCUUUCCUCCCUUACGUUCAGCUCUCCACUCCCAGUGAAAAAGACCCCUGGUUUGUUGGAGGUGCAGGUCCCUCGUAGCCCCCACCCCCUCCAGAGGAACAGCAGCUUUGGGGACGAUCUGGACCAGGAGGACCAGUGUGAGGACCAGUGUGUUCUGACCCCAGUCACCCACGUGUCACAGCUGCAGGGGAGUCACAGAGCAGCUAUCCACGUGAUCCUACGGAUGCGCUACUUUGUCGCUAAGAAGAGAUUCCAGCAAGCACGUAAGCCCUAUGACGUGCGAGACGUGAUCGAGCAGUAUUCCCAAGGACACCUGAACCUCAUGGUGCGCAUCAAGGAGCUACAGAGAAGACUGGACCAGUCUCUAGGGAAGCUGACCCUGUUCCAGACUAGCUCAGACAAAGCCAAAGACAAAGGCACCAACACCAUCGGCUCCAGACUCAACAGGAUGGAGGACAAGAUACAACGUAUGGACCAGACACUCAACCAAAUCGCAGAGUCCCUUACCCAGCUGUUGUCUGGGACAAGCCAGGGGCAGGGGGAAAUGGGGGGAGCACAGGGGCAAGGUAGGAGGAGGUCACAGGGUGGGGCAGGUGUCCCCAGCCAGGAUAGCCUACCCAGCUACGAGCAGCUCUCCACCGCGACCCUCCAUCCACCCCUCAACUCCAGCCUCAGCCAGGACAAGAGCUCCUGAAUCAACCCUCCAUCCACCCUCAACCCCAGCCUCAGCCAGGGCAAGAGCUCCUGAAUCAACCCUCCAUCCACCCCUCAACCCCAGCCCCAGCCAGGACAAGAGCUCCUGAAUCAACCCUCCAUCCACCCCUCAACCCCAGCCUCAGCCAGGACAAGAGCUCCUGAAUCAACCCUCCAUCCACCCCUCAACCCCAGCCCCAGCCAGGACAAGAGCUCCUGAAUCAACCCUCCAUCCACCCCUCAACCCCAGCCUCAAACAGGAGAAGAGCUCCUGAAUCGACCCUCCAUCCACCCCUCAACCCCAGCCUCAAACAGGAGAAGAGCUCCUGAAUCGACCAUCCAUCCACCCCUCAACCCCAGCCUCAGCCAGGACAAGAGCUCCUGAAUCGACCAUCCAUCCACCCCUCAACCCCAGCCUCAGCCAGGACAAGAGCUCCUGAAUCAACCCUCCAUCCACCCCUCAACCCCAGCCUCAGCCAGGACAAGAGCUCCUGAAUCAACCAUCCAUCCACCCUCAACCCCAGCCUCAGCCAGGACAAGAGCU